AUGAGCGUGCCCUCCAGCAGUAGGAGUAGUUGCACCAGCAGCAGAGUUGCCAUGGUUGCAAGCUCACAUAGGCAAUACAUCUUGCAGCAACAACAGCAACGAGGUCUUCAGCUUCAGCGACGUAAAACCAUAGUCAAGGUCGUAUUGGAUGAGACUUUUCGACGUUCCUCUGUACCACUUGCUCCAAAGCUUCGACGUAUCCGUGACAAACAAACAACAACAGCAACAGCAGCAGCAUCGCCUACCCAUCGUCAUGGUCAAGCAGCAUUACUCGCAUUGGCUAUACGACAGCAUCCCUCGAAAUGCAUACCUCGCUCCGAUCUCAUAAAGACAGCAUUGGAUUUGGAUACCAAGAUUAGCCAGGAACAAAAUACCCCUCGUUUAUUCCAAGGCAAGACGCCUGUCAACUCUGCAUCAGCCAUUCUAUCUCACAAUGUGGAUCGCUAUUUCGAAGCCAUUCGUCCUCAAGAUAGUGCAUGUCUCCAUUAUCGACUAGCAAUCGAUCACCCAGCUUUAUUUGAAAAUGCAUUGAAAGCAUACAAGCAAUGGGAGUUGCAGUUGAUCAAGAGAGAUUGGCCUUUGUAUUUUGGUGUACGAGUCAUCGCAGAUGGCGAAUACGACAAUGAAUUUGAUCGCUUUGUGCUAGCACGUCGACAAGAAUUACAAGUAAAUCUCGACAAUGUUCCAAAGACAUGGUCCGAUCUAGUAUGUGUGGUGAAGGAUGAUGAUAAUGAUAGUUCUUCUUCUCGACUCGUUGCCAAGCGCAACAUCCCUGUCAACGUCCCUCUUGGUUUCUAUUUUGGUGUUCCCAUGUCCAAACAUGAGUUUGCUGUGCUCAAAGAAGGUGUCGGCAAUGCAGCCAAGUAUUGUGUCUUGUAUGGACAAAAAACAAUUCUCGAUGCAACCAAUGAAGAAGGUCAACCCUAUCAGGAAAAUGACAUCUCCCUCUUGUGUCCAUUCCACAUCAUGCGAGAAACAAAGAAUAUCCAAUGCGUUAAUGUGUGUCUGCUCGAAGGAGUUGUCAAGAAUCAAGUCAUUUGCUGGACGAGGCGUCUCAUUGAACAAGGCGAGGAAUUGAUGUUGAUGGAUAGAAAAUAG